AACGUUCUGGGUUUGCCAGCUACAAGUAAUCAGACCAAAUAAUGUCUCUCCACCUUCUCCCUAUCGUUUGUGCCACAUCCUUCCCUUGCAGCAGCCUCAGUACGUUCCGGCGGAUCGCCUCCUUCCAACACCAUGGCAAUCAUCGAUGCUCCUCUCCACGCAUCAGAUGCAGCGGGCAACCUCUUUUACGGAGAUCAGCCAAUUACCAGCCAAACUUAUGGACUAAUGACUACAUACAGUCACUCACAAGUGACCACUCGAUGGAUGAGCAGAAUGCUGCAAGGAUAAGUAACUUGGAGAAGGAAGUUGUGAAACUGAUACACGAGGAGAAGGAACUUGAGGACCAGCUUCACCUAAUCGAUCACCUGCAGCAGCUUGGUGUGGCAUAUCACUUUAAAGAUGAUAUUAAGGAUGCUUUAGGGAGCAUUCAUGGAUCCCUGGAAGACACAAGCAAGCUGCUGAAGGACAAUCUCGAUGCAACAGCACUUCUCUUCAGGCUUCUCAGAGAAAAUGGUUUCGAUGUUUCUGAAGAUAUGUUCAGCAGAUUCAAAGAUGAGAAGGGCCACCUCAAAACUUGCCUCCAGCAUCAGACUAAAGGAAUGCUGAGCUUAUAUGAAGCUUCCUACCUUGGAAAGGAGGGGGAGUUUGUACUGAUCGAAGCCAUGGACUUCACGACAAAGCACCUCAAGAAGCUCAUGGAAGAGCGAUCACUUGAGCCUCGUUUCAGGGAACAUGUGGCCCACGCCUUGGAGCUUCCACUGAAUUGGAGGAUGGAAAGGAUACACACCAGGUGGUUCAUAGAAACAUACCAAAGGGAAGCCACCAUGAACCCUCUUCUACUUGAAUUGGCUAGGCUGGACUUCAAUCUGAUCCAGAGCAUGCAUAAGAGAGAACUCAAAGAAGUGUCGAGAUGGUGGACCGAUCUCGGUCUUGCACAGAGGUUGCCAUUCUCCAGAGACAGGUUGAUGGAAAACUACUUGUGGACAGUUGGUUAAUAUCUGUAAUUUUGGAGCUUUAGGGAGAUGCAAACGAAGCUAGUUAGCUUAAUAUCUGUAAUCGACGAUGUUUACGAUGUCUAUGGUACCUUGGACGAACUCGAGCUUUUCACUAA